CUACCUCUCUGGCAGCUCCGGGUGCAUUGACUUCCUUAACAACUUUAAUACUCUUGGUUUUUGCAUUGCGUGCCAGCGAAAUUGUUCAUGAAUUGGUGAUAGAACUGAUUGGAAGCGCAAUCUGCGCCCGAGAAAUACAACUACCUACCUAGGUAAUUACCAUGGAGAAAUCGUCUCUCUCGGUUACUCAGCUUCAGCAUCCACAGUCGCGGCCUAAUCAGUCAUGGCUGAAGACGUGGGCCGUCGUGGGCUUGAUCGGUUUGACUGCUCUAUUUAGCUAUCUUCCAGGUCUAUCAUACGAAGGAUUCCGUGAGCAAUAUUACGACGUCCUCACGAGUGGCGCCGUCCGACAUUGUAAUAGACGAUCCGGAUCACCUUACGGUCGGUUUCCGCAUCCUGACGACCCGUUCCGCUUCAUUCCCUGCACGAAUGCGACUCUACCGCCUGCCCUCGACGACUCCGAGCCGGAGAAAAGCUGGGCGAGUCUAUUCGACCCGAAUCCCGAUCAUUGGAGUUGGGGGAAUGCGACAGUUGAACAGCAUGUGUCAGGCGAUGAUCCGUAUGCUGGACGAGGGAUCUAUCUAUGUGGUUACCUAGACGUUCCACUAGACUAUACAAAUCAGUCCGAACCGCGCAUUGUCCGGCUUGCUGUGACGAAAUACCAAGUUUCUGGCCUUGCUCGGGCGGAUGCGGCACAUUUCAUCGCGUACGUCAACCCCUCCGCCGGACGCAAGAGCGAGCGCACGAUCGUCAUCGAGCCAGGUGGGCCAGGAGGUAGUGGCACUUCAUAUGCCUGGAGGGCUGCACAGGAUAUCACAAAACGGCUAAGCGACGGCAAGUUCGACGUCUUGGGUUGGGAUCCGCGUGGCGUUAAUGCGACCUCACCCUCUAUCGCGUGCUUCCCUUACAACGCCGACCGAGACCGUUGGGCCAUGCUGACGGGGCAAUACCGCGAAGUAUCCGGAUCUCCCGAGGCUCAGCUUGAGCUCGCAGAUGCGAUGAACAAUGCUACCUUCCGCGCUUGUUGGGAAAAGCACGACGACCUCGCGCGGUUUGUCAGUACGGCUUUUGUUGCGCGCGAUAUGGAAGAGAUUCGUAAAGCCCUCGGCGAAGAUGAAUUGACAGGUUACCUCGUUAGUUACGGGACUGGAAUCGGUCAAACGUGGGCCAACAUGUUCCCAGAUAGCGUGGGCCGCGUAAUUCUAGACGGAACCGAAUAUGUCCGAGAUCACCGUCUCCUUGGUGGUUUUGGCUGGACUGCGCUGGACAAUGCUACCGAUGCCUGGCGCGAUGGUUUCCUAGGUGAAUGUCUUAAUGCUGGCCCAAAAUACUGCGCCCUUUCUCAGCCGAGGGACUCUGAAACUGUGACAUUGCAGGACUUGGAAAUUCGCAUGAAGAAGCUAGUGGUUUCAAUCAGCCAACGGCCCGUCCCGGGUUAUAUCGAAUCAAGCGGCCCGUCAAUCAUCACGUACUCCGCCUUAGUAUCCGCUAUCUACAGCGCCUUGUACAAUGCCAACAGCUGGCCUGCUCUCGCUCAGAUGCUGUACGAGCUGGAAGCAGGUAACUCAACUUUGGCGACGGCCUUCCUCGAUCGUUCGGAAUGGGAGUAUGAUCCAACACUGCCGUCUCCGCCUUCCCCUAAACCAUCGACUGACGAACUCGGUUCUUUGGUCAUUUGCGCCGAUUCCUACGACGCACCAUUACCUCCCGGCGGCCUCGUCUGGUGGCAAUCCCUCUGGGCUAAUAUGACUACUCAAGCUUGGAUUUCCGGUAAUUCGCGUUUCUUCAACGUCUUCCCUUGCCGACACUUCAAUACCUAUUGGCCCCAGCCUGCAGAGGUUUACAGAGGGGAUCUAAACCAUACGCUCAAGAGCCCGGUCUUACUGAUUGCGGAGACGUACGACCCUGCAACUCCUUUACGGAACGGAAGAAGGCUUCUGAAUGAGAUGGGUAAGAAUGCUAGAUUAAUCGUGCAUCACGGCUAUGGACAUUCGUCGAGAGACAAGUCCACAUGCACAGACAAUGUUGCGAAGGCAUACAUCUUGAAUGGUACCGUCCCUGAAGAACAAGAGACACCUUGUUUCGCCGACGAGAAACCAUACCUCUACGGCGUCAAUUCGACAAAUAUCAAUACCCAGGCCGCUACGGCCGCGGAUCCAAUCCAGGCGUGGCGAGAACAUAUUCAAGAAUUAGCGUUUUGGAACCCUAGGUUGCUUCCUAGGAAAUGAUCUACAUCUGCUUUCAGCAUGGCGCAAUAUAUCAAUGAAGGGGCAAUAUCAUCUAUGAUCUCGAGUAAACUAGGUGGUUAUUGGGUCUCGUAAUUAAUAGCCCAGUGAGUGAGGGAAAGCAAGCAAGAAUAUUAGUACAUCAUAUCUUAUUAAUACAUAAGAAUAUCUAGGGGGUAGGUACUUAGGUAUGUACCCUUGAGUCCAUACGGACCUUUACUUUUGAGG